UCUCAGAGGAGAUUUUAUCGACCCAUUCUCCCCUUAGCCCAGUCCAAGCUUGAUCUGGAAGAGCAACUUCAGUCUCAUGAGUCUUUAAUGGACAGAUUUACAGAUGACUUGACUGAGCAUCAACGAAAUCUUCCAGACCCAAAGAGUAAAAGUCGAGACUCUGAGGACUACCAUUUGCGGGAGGAGUAUUUACGAUAUGAGAAACUAAGGUACGAAACCUACGUGAAGCUUCUUGCAGUACGUUUGGAAAGUGGCUGUGAAGAUCUCCAGGCUUUUGAGUCUCGGCUGACGGAACCUGAUGGUGGUCAAGGAGAGACCACAGGAUUAAAGAGGUCCUACUCAAGUCCUUCACUUAACCCAGAGAGCUCUCCCGUGGUGGUGAAAGUGAAACGCAACAUCUCAGAACGACGCACAUACAGGAGAAUUAUUCCUAAACGCAACAAAAAUCUAGUGUGA